AUGGAAGACAAAAGGUUGGACUGUGAUAUUGUGAUUUACAACAUCUUGAUUGAUGGUUUCUGCAAUGUUGAGGAACUUACGACUGCAGUAGAAAUCUUUAGUGGUCUUCCUGCAAAAGGAUUGAAACCUAAUGUUCGGACUUACACUAUAAUAAUCAAAGGAUUUUGCAAGAAUGGACUAGUUGAUGAAGCGAGUGAGCUGCUUGAGAAAAUGGAUGGUAACGGUUGUUCACCUGACGAUCGCACAUAUAACACAUUAAUCCAAGGGUUUUUGCAACAUAGAGAGACAUCAAAGGCAAUGAAAUAUCUCAAAAUGAUGGUUGACAAGGGAUUUUCAGCAAACGCAACAACUUUUGCCUUGUUUACUGACUUGUUAUUGUCUAAUCAAGUAGAUGAAAAUAUUCAAGAGCUGCUUCCAAAGUUUGAGUGA